GGUUCGGCUGUACGAUUCGUCGGCUCUCACCAACACAACCGCAGCAGAUUGUCUUCGCGGCGAAAAUAACUGCGACGUCAACAAAUGAGAAUUUCCCUGCUGGCCGCCGAAUGGUGGACGAGGUAAUGUCAAAUUUCUGCUCUAGUGUGGAAUAUUCUCUGGACGAUUAUCGGCACUUCGCGGCCCUGAAAACGACUCGGAGGAACUGUUAUUGCCAAAAUAGACACUUUCUCGCCGAUUUUAUCUACGUAGCCAAGUGAAUUGUCCAUCUGCCGUUGGCCGAAAGUGAGAAGGCAACACAAACACAGAGCGAGAGGCAGCAGUGAGACGGGCGAAAUCGACCACUAGAGGAAUUCUCGGUUCUCGCCAUCUUCGCCUUCCAUAUUUGUUUUCCACUUGGACGUUUACGACCAGCCGCCGCGUAGAGUGUUUUCGCUACAAAUAGAACUUGACUAGUCCGUGGAAAAUUGAGCCCAGUGGUAGAAAGGACGAUAAAGUAUCGACAAGGGUGCGGAGCUCGUGCUAUACUUGCCAUUUUCGAGCACAGUUGACUUUUCCAUUUGUUUGCGAUCGGGAUUCGGUGUCGGAGACAGCAAAGGUACCUCAUAACGACAACAAAAAAAGACAAGAAAGCAACAAAAAAGAGAAUACACUACACAAACGAUGGCCCUAAAUAUAGCCGUCCCUCUAUCAGGUGUUGGUGGACUAUCACCGAUUUCACCAAUCAGUCUCGAUUGUUGGGAGCAAAUUAAAAUGCUUGUCUCACCGAUUGGAAGUGAAUCGAGCGGAGUCAGCUCAUUGGAUUCGGAGGAAGCAAAGCAACAAUCCCUACCAUCAACGCCACCGGACACGCCUGAAGAAUUCGAAAUAAGAUACAAUGGACGUGAUAUACUCGACUUGGGCGCAAAUAUAAAUCCUGACAAGUGGACUUUGCGCUACACAUAUUUACCCGAAAAUAAUAAUAUGCCAAUGUAUUUGGCAAACCGUUCACAAUAUCAUCGUUUGGGUCCAAACGGUCAUAUUCAGGAUUACUCGUUAGUAAGAUGCGAACACUGUGAUUUUCAAUACCCGAUUAAUAGUGGUAAUAGUUAUUUCUGCCGAACAUCCGUUACUGUAUCACCGACGACGACAUCGACCAUGACGUACACUGGACCACAGGUGUUAAAGCGACAACAGCCACAACCAACUCAACAACAAUCACUACCGCCACUGCAACAUAUUUAUCAUUCUAAUAAUAAUUAUAGUAUGUAUAACAACAGUCAAAUGAAUAGCAAUAGUUUCCUGAAAAAGACAACAGCGACUACACUCAGUACGCCUGCUACUUGCACUUUGUCAUCCGUGUCAUCUUCAGCCUCUUCAUUCGCUUCGACUUCACCCACUUCUUCAUUGUCAUCGGGCUACAGCAGCUCAAGUUCAACUAGCAAUGGUAGUUACAAUAACUUUGGUGUGAAUGGCAUGAGAUUUCCACAACAAUCCCCUCCAAGUAGCAGUAACAUGUUCGUGAAUAACAACGCUAAUAACACAAAAUCAACAAUGCCAUCCACAUUUAACAACUUCUGUUCGUUUUUGAAUGCUUUCAGCAAUAACAAUGCCAAUAACUCAAACAAUGGUUACAUUAACCAAGCUCAAGUAGGCAAUGCUGGUCAGCAGCACCCACCUUACGGAACGUACAAUUAUUUCUAAAACGCAGCGGACAAGGAUGAGAUAUUUCCUGUCUGACUCACUUUGAUUUAUUUCUUGUUUCGCUUAAUGUUUUACUCACGCCCAAAGUGAAUGGCUGGAUCUGUCUCAUGAGAAAGAUGCAUACGACUCAAUUAACAUGAGAAUGAGAAACAAUCAAUGAGCCUACUAACAUUGAACCUUCACAUCGACUGUGUCAAACAAAAUGUGUAGUAAACAACAUUAGAAACAUUUGAAGAAAUAUUUAAGAGACUUUUACUAUGGUUAAUUCACUGAUAAGAGGAUCAUUUUGUAGUCAUGUAAUCAAAUCACUUAAAAUAAGUUAAUGUGUUCAUCAAAAAUGGAAAACUACAAAAAAACGUAAGGCAGCUGACUGGCUAUCGAGACGAACAAAGUCAAAAUGGAUUCUAACUGACUUCCACAAUUAUUAUUGAGUUUGUAUUUGUUAUUCUUAAUUUUAGAUAUUGUUUUUGUGUCUUAAUUUAAAAUCUAUGUUAGAUGCUCUUCCAUGCACAAGCUAGACUUUAAGCUCCGAAGCAGCUCAGGGAAAGCUGCUCUAGUCUUAAUCCCAAAACAAACAGUACCAGCAUCUCAUCAAUGGUAGUAUGGAAGUCUCAUUCAUUGCGGAAAACCAAUUUCGUGUUAUUUAAUACUUUCAUUGGAAAGUUGUUUUUUCUCACUAUAAAUGAUGAUCGUCGCCAGUGUGUUUUUAUAGAUACUUUGCGAAUUGUUUCGCGGGGGCCGAACAAAGUAAAAAUUAAACUGAGGGAAGUAGUAGUAGACUUAGAGAAAACCCUUUGAGCAAUGAAAAUUCCAGUUACCGUCCUAUAUUUAAUAUAUAGAAAAGAUACAUUUCUGUAGAGCUUAAAGCAAGAGAGAGAUUAAAGUUGCUCAAUUUUUGUGAUGUUUAAAAAUUUUAUAUAGAUUUUUCUAUUUUUAAAUAAAGUUGAGGAGUAACGUUCAGUUGUUCAAGACAUUAAAAUCAAUCCAGAAGAAGACGAAGAGUCUAAUGAGUUAUGUAAAUUUAUAGGCAAACUAAUGUGUCGGUGUAAUCGAUCAAACAAACAUCAAAAACUGAAAAAUGAUGUGCUUGACUUGCUUAUUUUUUAUAUCAAGUAAAAAAUAACACAAUUUCCUAAAUAACGUUUAAAUAAUUUCUUUUUUUGCAUUCACAUACUAUUUAAAGAUUAUAUACAUAUAUUUAUAAUAUUUAAUAUAUAAUUUUCUAAAUAUCGAAAGCAGAAAAUGUGAAGAAAAAAAUCUCUAGUUUUAUUAAUCUUAAGACAAAAGAUAGACAUAAGUUAAAGCAGAAGAAAAUGAAAACAAAGUCGAUUUUAAAGGUAAUUUUAAGUAUUAUGGAGGAUAAAGGUAGAUAAAACCAACCGCUGUGUGAUCGUAAUUUAAGACGUAAAUGUAUUGUACAUACGAAUAUUUAUCUGUAGAAAUAAGUUAAAAGGAAGUUAGAUGAUUGUCUAGGCUUAAGGAACACACAUAUGUACACAGCAUCCACAAUGAAACAACUAUCAUUUGGCCGAACCGAGGAUCUCAAUGGAAGAUACACCUUUGUUCAAUAAGGGAUACAAGAGCAAUAUAAUUAUUUGUCGGAAAAAUUGUUGCCUUUGACACGAGGGUAGGAAAUCAGUUUUGCUUCGAAAGAGUCGCUAUGUAUUCAUACGUAUAGAAACAAGAGACAAUAAUCAUUCUGGAACCGAUCGAGAAAUUCCUCAAAAUUAUUCCGUUAAAUUGAUUUCAAUUUGAAAAUGGGGACUAAGCACGAUCUUGUUGAAGUGUAAAGAAAAUGAAGAUGAAUUAAUAGAGAACCAUAACAUUCAGGACUUAUCCACUUUCUAGACCAUAGAUUGAAAUGCGCCAGCGAUUAAUGUGCUACCAUUCAAGCCAGUGUUAUUUACUAGGCAAGCGUCCAACAUUUUGUGCCUAUCAACUUCAAACCCCAAAGCAAAGUUGAAAUUGCCUGAAAUGACAAUAGUUUCACUGGCGAGUGGAUAGUAGAUCAUAGUACAAUAUUAAGUGAGUCCUUUGAUGCCAAUGGAAAAGCGAUGCAUUUCCAUAAUUCCCAGAUAAUCAUGAACAUCAAUAGUUUGGGAGUCUCUGAUUUCGACUGUGUAUCGAAUCGCACAGUGAGAACGCGGAAGUAAGUUAGAAAUUCAAAUUACAAUCCAAAUCCCCUGUUUGCAUAUUCUAUCAUCCAAAUGUGCCUUUAGAAAAAUGUUCGUUCUAAAUCUUAAAAUAAACGUUAUAUGGACUGGGGUGGGGACGAAGCAAAGAUUCUUUUCUAAAUGUUCCUUAAUGAAAAUAUAUUCUUGUUUCGGAAAAAAUAAAAUUCUCUAGUAGAAUCUGCAUUGGUCUCAUACGGUCGACAUCCUUUCAAUUGGCAAAGCGAUUUCAAAAUGUAUUCAAAAUUUAAUUCAUCAUGAUAAAUUGUGAUAUUUCUUUUCUCGCCCUGGAGGAAUGUAAAAAGUUGAAUUUAGAAAUAAAUAGCUCUUUUCUGUGAAUAAAUUUGAAAUUCCUUCAGUUACUUGAAAUCUUUGGAAUGGAGAAGCAAUUUGGUCGCCAGAAAAUUAUAUCGCAGACCAUUUUUUCAACUUCCAAAUUAGUGUCUUUCUCUUUCUAUUCUUGAUUAUUUCUAAUUCAUGCUUGAAAUGUUUGUCCUUUCAUCCCAUGCCACCAAAAUCCUAGAUUGUUAAAUAGUGCGAACGUCUAAUAACUUGAAUCAUUGCAGUAGUGACACAUAAAUUAUCUGCAUAUGAAUGCGAUGCGAACAGAAAUAGUGCACUGGUUGCCAAAGCUGCAUUUAUCUACGGAACAUGUUUCCAACCAUAAUAUAUUUUGUUCCAAAAAUUCAAUGCAUUCUAGUCAUUUUUCAUUGCAGAUUGAAAUUCUCGUACCUUGAUAGAAUUUUCCUAAAAGUUGAGCUAAUAACCACUUGUUCACCUUGAAUUUUAAUAAUAAGAUUGGCAGCGUCACCCUAAUGUAGGUAAAAUCCUUAUUCAUUCGCAUUAAAAACUACACUAACUGAAGGGCCAAAAUAUGAAGACUUUAUAAAUUUAAUAUAAGAAAAGAAAUUAAUAAACAUUAAAAUGCCAUCGUAGAAAGUUGACUGAUACAGCACACGUGGUAAUUUCUAAAAAUGUGAUCUCAAAAUCGGUGCAUAAAAUAUAUUCAAUUUUCAAUGCCAAAUAAUUUUUUCCUGAAUUUCAGAAAUGAAUUUUGAUUUGUAAAAUGAAUUCUCCUAUGCUUAGUUUUCAACUGGAGGCAAAUGCAACCAAUAUUCCCCAAAUGUUUUAUUUAUCCUAGCUAUUAAUGAAAAGACUGAGUUAAAGAAAAAAAGUCAAUGUAUCUCUGUAUUACAAUAAAGCAAAACGUGUUUAUCAAAUGCUGCCGAAUUUUUGCCAUUAACUGCUUUACAGCUACGUUCAACGGGCGUGAAUGUAAUAUCCCUGGCUCAAAAUUUGCAGUUCAUCUGUAACUUAGUGGUACCGUCUUGAAAUGCAAAAACAGUCAGCGCUGCAGAUGGCAUUGUUUCUUUAAAUAAGUGUUAGGUGCUAAUGACAACACAUUAUCAUAUAUUUUGUACUGAAAAAUAAUUGAUUUAGAUGUUAAUAUAUAGAGACGAUGGAAAUGUUGGAAUCUGAUUUAGAUGUUAAUACAUAGAAACGAUAGAAGGGUUGGAAUCGAAAUAAGGCGGCUUCAAAUGAACAAUUGCUGCAAUAUUUUUUUUAAUGUAGGAAAAAGUAGAUUUUUUAUUUAACAACACUUUAGUGCCACUUGACCAGAACGUGAAAAAUUCUCAUUGAAACAAUAAAUAUUCCCAUUUUUUUCUUGACUGAUAACUCAAUUAUGACUAUUCUGUUACAUUAGAGAUAAGAAAUUAGUCAUGUGCUGCAGAUGAUAUAAGCCAGAAAUUGUAAAAUGAAAAGCAAGUCCCUUUGACUGCCAAAAAGAUGAAGAUUCAAACAUAUCGAAAGUGAUCUAACAGACCUCGGAGGGUUUCGAGUAGGCAAGAAAGAAGAUUGUAUUCGGCCAUUUGAGAUGUUAAACUGCCUCAGUGCAUUCAUGCGAUUUUAGUAGUGUUGUGUACUCCAUUCUUAUUUGUGUUGACAUUCUUUUUGAUAUGUGAUCUGUGGUGUUCGUUUAAGGGUUGUCUUCUUUUCAACUACCAUAUAAGUAUAUAUUAUAUUCAUAAGUGCACUCGAAUAAAUCAAUCAAAAAGUAGGGUAUAAAUAUGGAAAUGUAAUGGGAGAAAAUGGCAAAGUUUUCUCUGUUAAAUGACUUUGGGAAUAGUUAAAUGACUCGAACUGUGGGUUUUAAGAAAUCUGUAUCGUGGUUUAAUGUGGUUCAGAGCUUUUAUUUGAGGAAACGUUAUCUACAAAUCUGUAUAGGGUUCGUCUAAUUUGGAACAAUCGCAAACUUCACAUAAUGAUGUUUUCUCCAAAAACCUAAGCUCUAUGUACAUUUGUUUAUGCUGUUCUAUAUGUAUUAAUAACUUGCAGAGUAAAGUAAAUGUGGCUUUAGGAUUAGCCAAUAACAUCGGUGCAGUAAUGAGUCCAAUUAUUUUUUUUUUUCAUAUACAUUUUGUUUAUUUUUAAUAAAACCUCCCAACGGCAAUUAGUCACAGUUGUUAAGAAUAUUUUAGUAAGGUUUAUUUUUUAAUGCAAACGUGUUGUGAAUUAAUAUCGGUCGUCUAAUUUAGAAUUAAGUAACAUUUUUGAACAUUUCAUUGAGAUACACUUUGUUUCAAAGUACUAGUUUAGUUUUGCUCGUCACAUUGGAAUUUUAGUGCAAAAAAUAAUCUUAUUCACGUUCAAAUUUCUCUUAAAACGGUCUAAACUUGAAAUUAUCAUAGAAUGGUGCUUAUUCACUUUUUAACCUCGAAAAGAAUUCCAUUUGCAGAAUAAAAUGGUUAGUUUCACCUGCAUAGAGCAUUUUCGUUCGUUAGAUUGACACUCAACCUAAAUUUAUGCAGCAAAUCUACCUUAUUUGCGGCUCUGACAAAAGCAUAAGAUCAUUUCGCUAUUUCCAUCCAGGCGACCUAAUAUGAGUAUGUAAGCAAAAAGUUUAACGUGCAAAUAUAAUUUUAAGUAUCUAAUUUUGUAAAAUUUUAAGCUCAUUUUUAUGGUCCACUUUUUGAAGAUUCAUGUUCGCAUCUUUCACUGUAUGUCAUCACCACAUAGCGAAUGCGAUAAAUUGCCAAAUGAUCUGCAUAAAGGUUACGUAUUUUCUUCCAAACUGGAACCAUAUUAAUUAAUUUUGAAUCGAGGCUUUAAAACGUUAAUUUUUUAUUUGAAAAAGCAGGCGAACUACUUCGUGAAAAAAGUAUUGUAAUUAAUAAUUUGUCCAUUGAUGCAAUGCAAUUACAGAAAUAUUAAAAUCUAGUCCAUAUAAACAUAUAAAAUGAAUGUAUUGUACUAUCGGCUCAAACCGAAAUUGAAACCAACACUAUCUGCUUAGUAAGCUCACAUAAUUCCGCAACCAAUAAGCACUGCAUUCCAAUAAACAUUAAAAUUGCAUUUACAUUAAAUUUUGCUUCCCAAAAUUUUCAUAACAUAAAUUUUACCAUUCGAACCCAUACGAAAUAAAUCAGAAAAAUUAUAUUCUACCAUACUUGAGUUUCCCCAAGGAUAACCAGUUUAUGUGGAAAUUGGAAACGAAACAAAAGUCAGCACAAACGACCAUUGUAUUUGUGCAAUUAUUAUCGUGUGAAUAAUAUCAGGAAGCAGCAAGAAGAUGACAUUGGAUAAAAUACAGAAGAGUGAAUGUUGUGUUGAAAGUACAUAUUACCAACAUUGCCAUUCUCCGAAUCCUUGAGUCGAAAAAUGUACAGCACGACUUAUGGAUGAAAUUUCGAGAUACUCAGAAAUCGUAGUUUAAAUGUGAAAUUGAAAAGUAGUUGGUCAACUACUCACGUUGGUACAUAUUCUAAACAACUUGCAUUCGACUGAAUUUGUACCAUUGCCAUUUCCUGUUGUGAACAGAUUAUUACAAAGUAAAAGCUUGGUUUCUUAUUGUUUUUCCUCAACACCAUUAUGAUAAGUAAGUAUCCAUGCUGUUGUCUUUUCCAUGGAAACCAUUUGACGGGAGACUUAACGACUUUUCGAAAUUUAAAUGAAAUCCAAAGACUUUUAAGAUUUAUUCGCUGCUUGAUUCUAGAAACUAGCAUACCAAUGUCAUGGACUUAAUAAUGUAGAUUGAUCUGAGAAUAGGGAUUCACUAUGUGCAUAUGUAUUAGACGAAUCAAAUGAUUAAUAGCUUAAUGUAUAGGUAGUAAGUUUUUGAAUGGAAUUUCUUUUAUGAUAGUUUAUAAUAGAAAAUGAUUUAUUGACUAAAUUUACAAGGAAAAUUAUAUUAGAUGUAUGUUGCCAAAUAAACGCGAACAGCUAACCAUAGCCAACUAAUAUAUAAAACAAACGAUCGGAACAAAUCAAUAGAUUCUAAAUAAGAUAAUGAUCCUUUCUAAUAAUAUGAAACUAUAUAUCAUGUUACUUAAAACGUUGAGACACAACUCAAUGCGAAAUUAAACUUAUGUACUCUGAAAUCGGCGAAUCCCACUAAAAAUUAAUUAGUGAGUGAUGAGAUAUGUUUUGCGAAAGCAUUUCAAACAUUGAAACUAGCAUAGAGACACGAAAAUAGGAUUAUACUAGGCAUGUAAAGCUUUUGUUGUCAGUCGGAGAAAAAGGCAGAGUAGCUAUCAUACAAGAACAGGAGCAGGAAACAUAAUUUGCUUACCACGAUCAUUUACUAUCGCUUCCAAAUGGUUAUUGAAUAUUGCUAUUUAACACAGUCCUAUUUCAUUUAUAUUUUUCGAGUUCUAAUGACAGCUAAAAGUACAUCCUACAUAGUAUGGAACAUUCUGUCCAGCUAGAGUGGAAGUAACCAUUUGAAAACGAAACACUACUCCUGCAUUAACCAACAAAUAAUGAUGUUUUAAAAUCGUCUUUUCUCGUGUUAAACAACAAAAAGGAAGACAUUAACUAUUCCAAAUAUCGUGUGCGAGGAUCUUACUGACAAACUACAAUAUAUAUUAUAUAUCUACUCCCUAUUAGUUCAUUGAUGAAAACUAAAGAGAACAGCAAAAAACAUUCAGAUAGACUUACAACCUCAACAUGUUGUAACAAAUUAUAAAUGAAAAGAAAAGUUAUUUUUUCUAUAGUACAAAGUUGUGCCUUAUUUGUUUGAAUAAUGGAAAAAUCUUCAAAAACAAAAAUAAAUGUAGCUAUAUUUUUCGUUUGACUAAUACAAUAAGUAUCGGUAGAGAAUGUUAAACACAUUGAUUUGACAUUAUUUUUGUAUUUUUUCAACUAUGUAAGUAAAUGAGAACGUUACUGCUGAUCAUCACGCAAUCAUAUACGUUCCUUAUCAAAGAAAGCAAUCCCAAAUUCGCGAAUAAUACAAUUAAUGAAAUUAAAUUACAUUCACAAUAUAUUUUAUGUAUAUGAUGAUAAAAGUACAGCCUUUACUUCCUUGGAAUAUCUUAAUUGCAAGUAUGAGAUCGAUUGGUUUGUUUUUGAUGCUACUUGUAGUACUUUUGCGGGAAAAACAGUCCUUGUUUUUUCGUUUGCCUGUUGCCUUUGAUUGGUUCAUUCAUUCAUACCAAAAUAGAUGAAAAACUCAAGCAGACAAGGAAACAAAUAAAAUUUUGUCAAAUGAGAUAUGAAAUCCGAUGAAUGUGAACUUAAAAAAGAAAAAUUAGUAAUUAGGAUAUUCAAGUUGAAUCGCAGAAAAAAGCAAAUCUGUUCAAAUUUUCCCCUCAAAUUGUCAUUGAAGUUUAAAGAAGUAAAACGAAAAGAUAAACAUACAUAACACAUGCAUUAGAAAAAAUUAUCAAUAUGAUAUUUACCAUAUAGUUAAUAACAUAACAACAUUAAAUAAUACUAAUGAAAACCUACAAAAAUAUUUGAAGAGCAUAAAUUUGAGACUGUUUUCUCCAAUGUGAUAAAUUACUUUAUGUAAAGGCAAAAAAUAUGAAAUAUUAAUUUAAAGUGGUAGCGUAAUAAAGUACAUAUUUAUUAUAA